GUCAGCUGACACCAACGCAUCACUGCAGAACCCUACAAAAUAUCCAGUGGAAGGCGCUUUUUAUUUUACAUUCAGCGUCGGACGUAAGCAGCUGUCUAGUUCCAGGGACGACGUUGUUGUUCUGUGUAGAAGGGACUCCCUGGGCACGUCAGGGGCCACACCUGACAUCAUACAUGUUCACAGUGUUUGGAGGCUAAAGAAAACGGUCAGCAGACUAUGUGGAAGGGUGGAGUCUUCACACCGAGCUCGCUUGGACUGACCGAUUCAGGAAACUUCACAUCUUUAUGUCCCAAUGGCUCCCAGUGGGUUUGGGAAGGACUUGGGGAAUGUGCCCAGGAUGGGAGGGAUAUGGCCAGCGUCUACCUAGGCCUCCUGUCCAUCGUGUGUUUUAUGGUGUCUUCUCUUCCACAGUACUACAGCUCUUGUAAAAAGGGGAAUAUGGACAGUGCGCUGUCCAUUUGGUUCCUGCUGCUGUGGUUGGGAGGUGAUUCCUGUAACCUGGUGGGCUCCUUUCUGGCUAACCAGCUUCCACUUCAGACCUAUACAGCAAUUUAUUAUGUCUUGGCUGACCUGCUGAUGCUGUCCAUGUACACAUACUACAAAAUGAGGCACAAAAUGGCUCAAAGCAGAAGAGUUUUGCACGUCGUGGGUGUUUCUUGCAUUCUCGGCCUCACUGCAGGACUCACCCACCUCCCUGGGGUUGGCCCCCAACCUGAAAGGAUUUCCUUGGGGUUCAGAAGCCGCUCUUUGCUCUCAACCACUGAUGUUACCUCCUUCAAGCCUUUUACCACUAAAGAGAUAAUUGGUUUCUCCAUUGGGUCGGUGUCAUCAGUCCUCUACCUCUGCUCUAGACUGCCACAAAUGUACACAAAUUUUAAGAGGAAGUCGACGGAGGGAGUGUCUUACUUCUUGUUUGCUCUCGUCAUCUUGGGGAACACCACAUACGGUCUGAGUGUUUUGCUGAAGAACCCUGAGCAGGACCAGGGCGAGAUGAGUUACCUGGUCCAUCACCUCCCCUGGCUCAUUGGAAGCCUCGGAACGCUUACCUUGGACCUAAUUAUAUCAGUACAGUUCUUGAUUUACCGCAAGGCUCCGUUGCACGUGAACGGGAUCAUCGCAGAUGAGACAGAGCCUCUGAUCAGGAGAUGAACCAACAGACGUCCUGGAGAAACUCACCUCCAAUCACACUCGCUCGUAGUUAAUGUUUGGUUUUAUUUAUUAGGUUUUCAUUCUUUUUAAUGUUUACAGAUUUUUUUGUCUUUAAUCUACAAGGGUUGGACAAUGAAACUGAAACACCUGUCAUUUUAGUGUGGGAGGUUUCAUG